ACGACCCCCUUCCCCGUCCCGUCCUGCUUCCCCCAGAGCACAGGCGGCCUCCAGCUCCAGCCCAGCCAAUGCCUCCCCCAUGGCGCCGCGAGGCAGCGAAUCCCCGGGCGCCCGCCGGGCCCUGACCGUCAUCGCAGCCGCCACCGCCCUCCUCGCCCAGCUGCUCCUCUCCUCGCUUCCCCUGACCGACGCUGCCGCCGGCUCGCCGUCCCCGGCUCCCGCGCCGGCGCCGCUCCACCUCCCGCCCCCGCCGCACCAGCAGCAGCAGGCCCCGCCGCUGCCGCCCGCGGUGCCGGGACUCCCGGGCGCGCGCCAUCCUCAUCCUCGCGCGGCCCCUCCGGCCGAAAAGUCGGCGUGGCAGCGGCUCAACUUCGGCGAGAGGUUCGGGAUCGCGCUCGCCGGCGUGGCCAUCACAAUGCAGGUGGCGCUCGGCGCGUUCCUCUGCGCGCGCGCGCGCCAGCUGCGCCGCCGUGCGGCGGCCGCGGGCAAGGCCGAGGAGCAGGAGUUGGUGGAGGCGGCGGCGGCGGCGGCUGCGUCGUCGCCGACGCCCGCGUAACCGGCCGGCGCCGUCCGCCGGUGGUACCCGCGAGAGCGACCAAGCGGCGCCCCCACGGCACUGGAGAUGGAGGGUGGAUGGUUCGUGGCGCGGCCGCCCUGUAUGCUUGUUAGUUGCUGACGCCGGGCAACAUCACACUCGCUGGGUUCGUCGUGCCUACUGUAGUGUCCGGCGCCCGGCGGUUUCUGUACAGUUCGCCGUCCUUGCCCGCGUGACACGUGCUGAGAUGUACUAGAAGAUGAGCUGAAUUUGUUUUGUCCUCAAAGCCUCGUAGCUUCAAGUCGCCUGAAAUUGGGGGAAGGUUUUCAGUCGACGGUCAUCCCCCGGUUUUUUCUUGGUUUCCAUCAGGGUCUGAGAAGCUCCAUGGAAGGGAGGCAGACCCAGCAAUGGUGGACGGACGGUUUUUUCUUGGUUUAUCGGAUAGUAAUAUUUCCUAAAGCCUGCAGCAUCGAUAUGAUGUUUCAGUUUCAUGGAAAGAGGUUUCUGAAUGUUAGAGCCAUCUUUUUUUUUAAUUUAGGCUGUUUUGCUAAUAGAAGAUUCACUUGUGAAAAAUACUGCAUAAACUUUGAUUGCUAUACAAGUAGGAGAAUAUA